UGCCUUGUACUUAUUAUUAUAAUACUUGAGGAGCACCCCCAUCGUUGAACACAGUUGGUUUGGUCUGUUGCCGCUGUGUGCUGCUCUCCUUCCUGAAAGACACUUGCAUUGGAGCCUCUGAUGUCGCAAAGCACAGAUUUGAGACAAUACACUAAAGAUUUCUGAAGAUAUCGUCAAUUCCCACAUGGCUCUGAACCACUCACUUGAACAUUAAUCCAAGUUUACUCCGCUCCAAAGCAUUGCCCUCUUAGAUGCCGCUCAGUCUUCGUCUCUGCAAAUGGCUUGCUGUCUGAAGGACGAGCUCCUCUGUUCCAUCUGCCUCAGCAUCUACCAGGACCCCGUCAGCUUUGGCUGUGAGCACUACUUCUGCCGAAAGUGUAUCACAGAGCACUGGAGCAGACAGGAGCCGCACGGAACGAGGGACUGUCCUGAGUGCCGCAGGACCUUCACCGACCCCCUCCUCUCGCCCAGUCUCAAGCUGUCCAACAUUGUGGAGCGCUACUCGGCCUUCCCUCUGGACGCCAUCCUCAACGCUCAGAGGAGCUCCUACCCCUGCAAGGACCACGAGAAAGUCAAGCUCUUCUGUCUCACAGACAAAAGUCUGGUGUGCUUCUUCUGUGACGAGCCGGCGCUUCACGAGCAGCACCAAGUAACCACUAUCGACGAGGCGUACGAGGAGAUACAGAGGGAGAUGAAGGAGCAGCUGGCCACCCUGCAGGACAGUGAGAAGGGACACACUGAAGCCCUGCAGCUCUUGCAAAGACAGCUCACUGAGACUAAGUCCUCAGCAAAGAGCCUGCGUGCAACCAUCGGCGAUGCGUUCGAGCGCCUUCACCGCUUCCUGCGUGAGCGCCAGAAGAGCAUGCUGGAGGAGCUGGAGAUGGACACGGCUCGCAAGCUGGCAGACAUCGAGCACAAGAUCCAGCGCUACAGCCAGCAGCUGCGUGACGUCAAGGAGGGCAUCCAGAUCCUACAGGAGCGCCUCAACGAGACGGGACGACAUGACUUCCUGGAGGGAGUGGCCAUCACUUCUGAGAGGUGCUACACCUGCACUGAGUUUACUAAAAGAACAGUUUCUGCAUCGUUAGAAUCCAAUAUGAUUAAAGGGAAGAUACAUGAGACCAAUCUGACGUAUGAAGACUUCCCGACAUCCAAGUACAUGGGGCCCUUACAGUACACGAUAUGGAAGCUGCUAUUCCAGGAUAUCUCACCAGUCCCAGCAGCACUGACCCUCGACCCCAUCACAGCCCACCAAAGACUGAUCCUCUCUGACGACUGCACCAUAGUGGCCUAUGGAAAUCUACAUCCGCAGCCACUACAAGACUCCCCUCGUCGCUUUGAUGUGGAGGUGUCUGUUCUGGGUGCGGAGGGCUUUGUGUCGGGCGUGCAUUACUGGGAGGUGAUGGUGUCGGAGAAGACCCAGUGGAUGAUCGGCGUAGCCAACGAGACUGUAAGUCGUAAGGGGAGCAUCCAGAUCCAGCCCAGCCGAGGAUUCUACUGCAUUGUCAUGCACGACGGGAACCAAUACAGCGCCUGCACUGAGCCCUGGACCCGCCUCAACGUAAAAAGCAAGCUGGAGAAGGUGGGGGUCUAUCUGGACUACCCCAAAGGUCUGCUCAUUUUCUACAAUGCAGAUGACAUGUCCUGGCUCUACACCUACAGAGAGAAAUUCCCCGCCAAGCUCUUUCCUUACUUCAGCCCGGGUCAGAGCCACGCUAAUGGCAAGAACGUGCAGCCGCUGCGGAUCAACACUGUACGCCUUUAAGAGCUGCACAAAUCUGUGGUCUUGAUUGUCCUUACAGAUGACAUCAUAAGCAAAUUCAUGGGACUUAUUUAGGUUUCAAAAAAAUACAACAAAUCAGUUUUAAAAAAUACUUUAACAAGAUGGUUCAGGUUUUUUAAUUGUGGGGUUGUAUGAGGUAAACCGUUAGUGCAUAACCCUCAGUGGAUGACGGUCCGCAUGGACCCUGUUUGAUGAAGCAAGGCCAGAGUACAGACAUGGAUGUUACCCUCCACUGAAUGGAGGCUGCAGUAAAGCAUAGUCAUUGCCCUUAAAAAGUCCCAAACCCCCGAAAACAGGAUGAGUGUAUGCUGUAUUUUUUUAUGUUUUCACAGCUUCAAGCAGUCCCUGCCUUUGGCUGUGUAUAUUUGUUGACCAUACACACUCUGUGUUUCAGCAUAAGCUCUGCAAUAUGUUACAGCUUUUAGGCCAAAGAAGUGCCAGAGCAGAAGCUCAAAAUAAUAUCGAACUCGAGAAACAUUUAUUAUUUUCCCUCUGUGUAUAUUAGCAUUUUAUCAUUUUCUAUUAGUAUCUUAUUAGUUCUUAUAUUUGUUGACUUUUCUAUAAAAUUCUGACCCCAACAGCUGAUUGGAUGCUGUGCAGUGUGUAGGAAUACAGAGCCGUUGUAUAAAACAAACACAUAAUGCUAAAGGAAGAGCUGUCAGACAUCAAGGUGAAGCUGUUAAAAUAUUCAAAUAUGAGGCUUUCACUUAAAUUGAACUAUUGUUUUGCUCCACCUCAGUGUGCAGCUGAGCUUAGCUUCUGUGUCUGUUCUCUGGCUGACGUCUCCUAACAGGGGCCAUGCUCACGGUCAUCCACUGUGGAUAAUAUAUCGACUAUCAUACAACUUUUCCUACAACCCCACCUCAAAAAAUCCAAACACUAACGGUUGUUUGAAAUGUUUAUUUCUUUCACAUCAGUUCAAAAUCGUGCUUGAUGUUGCUCUUCAAACCUGUGCUGUUUUUUUGUGACUUGAAACGACCGCACGGUAACGGCCGACUGUACCUGAAAAGAUAACACUAAAGGGAGACAUGGGAACCCCUGGGCUCCUUCGAGGUCUGUGGCAGCGAUGUGGAAUUAAAAAUGAUUUCCCCUCUCAAAGUGACUGUCCCAGGCCCACCUUGCACACUCCCAGGGGGGCACUACUCUCCCUAUCAAGCCCCAGGCUUGUCAGACUUGACGUCCCCGUCUUUGUCCGGGCCAGUGAACGCUGCAGACUGGUCUCUUCUCUGCCAUGCAGUUGGCUUAGCUUUGUGUGUGGAGGGUAAUUGACAGCACCCGGCUCCUUUUUCUUUUGGCUUCUGUUCGGCCACCUUGAACUUGUCAAGUCUGUUUUACUUCAGUGUUACACCACAAUAUUGGCUCCUCCAGCAGGUCUUAUCCACAAGUUCAGUCUUUAUCAAUGAGAGGAAAGCUCCUGUUAUACGUGCACCAGAUCAUCCAUAUCACCAAAAACAUAGUAGUUAAUGCCCACUCUGUCCACUUUACACAUAAGGUGGGAACGUCUGUAUGGAAUUUGAGAUUGUCCAGAGUAUGCUGCUAUUAAUGGGGUAAGAACUGGCAUGUCUGUAUUUAGAGAAUCAAGGGUUAAAUGGAAAGUCUUCUAUCAUGCUGGCUCAUGUUUCUGCUCCUUCCCAUGCUUUUGGGUUUUUCUGUCCAUGUACAUGUUCAUUAAGUAAUUUCUGCCUCCUAUAUGUCAUCUGACCAUUUUGUCUUAUACUCAAAAGAAAGCUUAAUGGAUGAGUUAUUUCUCAAAAGUUCUGCAAAUACCACCUGUUGUCUGUUUUGAAUCAUAUCAAACAUGUAAAUGAAAUCAAGCUGUAUGGUUUUUGAAAAUUGUAAUCUUCAUGUAAAGUAAUGAUGAAUACACGGACUGAAUGACACUUCUGUACUAUCCCCGUGUGACCAGCAUUCCCCAGGCUGUUGCCUUGUUACAUAAUGACAAAAUCACUGAUAAUUCCCCCGAGGCUGCCCCCCAUGUGUAUUUCUUCGCCCCUUGUGCCACAAGUGCUCUUGUUUAUCAGCAGUUGUACACAAGUCCUGCCGAAUCGGCUCCUAAGAGGCUACUGUCGCUCCGCCAAGUCCAACACACUGAGAGAUACAGUAAAUGUGUGCGGACGGACGGGUGUGUUUGUGAAGCUAUAAUUUUAAAUCCAGCUUUAGUGCUGCUCAAUAAAGUCCAUCUGGCCAUACAGGCACACCCAGGCUGUGGCCAAAAGAGUUUAUUACGAAAUACUUUCGGAUCAACUCAACAGAUUUUUCUUUUGGGUAAUCUUCAACCACAAAACAAAACAAAAAACAAUCACCUCACCCCUCAUUUGCCACUGUACAUCUUUGCAUCUGUGUGUGUUGUCUGUGUUCAUUGAAGAGAAAAUCGGGGCAGUGCCCUUGUUUCUGUAGGAUGUGGUUCUGAUAUUUGCAGUAUGAUGCAAACUCAGGUCAAAUUGUGACACCUACUUGGUUAUUCUUGAUCUUUGUUUUAACAUGCACAGAUCUGCAUGACGCAGAAGUUUUCUGAAUGACAAUGCUGGAUAAAUCCUGGAUCAACUUGUCAGUCUAUUCUCUGGGAUUUACUCAUAACAUGUCGGUGAAAAAACCUGCUUUGUGAAAAAGGUUGAAUAUAAUUGAAGGUUUAGACAAUCAUGACUGUAUUUCGUCAUUCCUCUUCCCUCUGACUGACUCAGUCUUAAUUUUCUUUGAGAAAGAAAUCUGAAUGAACAGGUGCUUCAUGCAUGUUAAAACAAAGUCUUACAUUUGACCUCAGUUUGCUUCAUUGCAGGCUUCAGUGGAGUCUGUUUCUGUUCUGUUUGAAUAUUAAGAAGGAGAUUGUUGUGACGUGGUGUUGGGUUACCGGUGGUGGUGAUGAUGAUGCUAAUGGUUUAAAUGAUUAUAAUGAUGAUAACUAUGACACUUUUGAUGAUUAUAAUGAUGAUUGUGUCCUUUGAUGAUGGCAGCUGUGCACCCAUCAUUGUGUGAACGCACUCCUGUGUGCUUUUGCUGCUGGAGGUUUGUUGGAAAUGUUUUAAUGUAUAAUAAAUUACUGCUAAAAUCA